AUGGCGUGGAUGUCAACCGGCUCAACGAAUGCAGCUCUGAUUAAGAACCUCACAAGCAACGGUCUCAUCAAAUCCGAACGUGUCAGGAAUGCUAUGCUUGCUGUCGACCGCGCUCACUACGCCCCCGCCACCCCAUACCACGACUCGCCCCAGACCAUCGGCUUCGGCGCCACAAUCUCCGCCCCGCACAUGCACGCCUCGGCCGCGGAAUCCCUCCUCCCCUACCUCCGCCCCGACGCCCGCGUCCUCGACAUCGGCUCCGGCUCCGGCUACCUGACCGCCGUCCUCGCCAACCUGGUCGGCCCGUCCGGAACCGUCGUGGGCGUGGACCACAUCCAGGGCCUCGUCGACCUCGCCCACAAAAACAUGUCGAAGGGCAAGGAAGGCAGGGAGAUGCUCGAGGCGGGGAAGGUGCGGUUCGUGAAGGCGGACGGGAGGCUGGGGUUGGAUGGGGGCGAGGGGGGGUGGGAUGCGAUCCACGUCGGGGCGGCGGCGAAGGAGGCGCACGAGGUGCUGGUGGAGCAGUUGAGGGCGCCGGGUCGGUUGUUCAUCCCCGUGGGGGAGGGCAUGCAGUAUAUUUGGGUCAUCGACAAGAAGGAGGAUGGGAGUGUGGUGCGGGAGAAGUCGUUUGGGGUCAUGUAUGUGCCUCUGACGGACGCGCCGAAGGAUUGA